UUCUGUCUCAGUAAGUCUUGUUUGUUCUUACGAGGUGCUAUAAUAGAGUUUAAGACGGUGAAAUUAAAAUAUUGAAUUUAAUGCGAAUAAACAAAUGCAAUCUCAAUACGGACGAAUUAGUGGAAGUGAGAUUUUUCGUCUCCGCGAGUGAAAUUAUCGGAUUUACAAAUAUUAAUAUAUUGGACUGCAUUGAAACUUUUACGAUAGCAAGAUGAAAUGCUUUAAAAUGAUACGAAAUGUAAUCAAGAAAAUACGGAGAAACCCGAGAAAUAUCAAAAUGAAGUUAGUUGUAGCAAUAACGUUUGUAGGUUUAUUCUUAUAUGCGUACAGUUCGCAAAAGGAGGAUCAAACAAUAACAUGGAAGGUGAAACUCGAUAAUGUCGUGGUUCACAUAGACCUGAAAAAUACGCCGUUGAAACUGAGCUACUUGACAAAAUUGCUACCUAUUCUGAAAAAACUGGGCGUGACUGGACUUCUUAUAGAAUAUGAAGACAUGUUUCCGUAUAUAGGUGAACUUGCUCAGAUAAAAAACCAAGAUAGUUACAGAAGAUCGGAGCUGAAGAAUUUCCUUAGCGUUUGCAAAAACACGAAUAUAGAGGUGAUUCCACUAGUCCAAACGUUCGGCCAUAUGGAAUACGUGCUACAAUUCCAACAAUUCCGUGAACUUAGAGAAGUCGAUGACCACAUGGACUCAAUUUGUCCCAGCAAACUGAAGAGCCUCGAUUUAAUCAGAAAUAUGCUCUCACAGGUAAUGUUGUUCCAUAAAAGCGUGGCUCCCUUAAAACAUAUUCAUAUUGGUUGCGAUGAAGUAUUCAACAUAAACUUGAAAGUAUGCAAUGAAUGUACAAAACGUCGUCAAAGUAAAGAACGUAUUUUCAUGGAACAUAUCAGAACAGUCACUGAGAUUGUGAAAAACAUAUCUGCGGAAACAACUGUGCUGAUCUGGGACGAUAUGAUAAGGUCUAUUUAUGUUAAACAUCCAGUACAUCAAACUGCAGAACCAGUAGUAUGGAACUACAAGAAAAAAGUCAUGUUGUAUCAUAAAACUCUUUCACAAUAUCAUAAGAUAUUCCCAAAUAUUUGGAUAGCAUCAGCCUUCAAAGGUGCAGAUGGAGAUGAAAGUAUACUACCAAAUAUUAAAUACAGAUUCCUUAAUCAUUACUCGUGGUUGCAAGGGAUACGUAAUUAUAAAUUUGGAGGGGAGAGUAAUAUUUUUAAUUUUAAAGGAAUAAUACUUACGGGCUGGUCUAGAUAUGCAUUCGGUAGAAAACCUGUUGAUUUGCUGCCUUGCUCGAUACCAAGUCUGAUGUUGAAUUUGAUUCUUAUUGCUAAAUUCCAAACUGGAGUUUGCUCACCCAAACCCCAAUAUACAAAAGAUUUAACAGUUUUUUAUUCCAUUUAUCUUAAUGAUAGUUUUUCAAAGAUGCUAGAUUGCGAUAUGAUGGAUAUAGAUGUUAAUAAUAAUUAUUUUCAUUUCAUUUUCGAUUAUGACAAUUUAUCACUUGACAAUUGCAAUUUUACUGAAUGGAAACUGUACAAAAGUGUCAAAGAAUAUAUAAAGUUUUAUUACACUGUUAAUGGUACAGAAAUUAAUAGUAAAUUGCGUGACCAAUACUUAGAAAAAAUGUAUGAAUUGAACUUCACAUUAUUUCACAUCAUGAAUGAAUACUAUGCUCCUAAUUUUGUAAAUGAAUAUGUCAAUAAUUUAAUAUUAAAAAUUAAAGAUCUUUUAAUAAAAUCGUGAUCUUUUCGACGUGGAUUUCUGUAAAUAAUGUCCACUACACAGUGAUUUAAUUUAGUUAUACUUUAAAAUUUCUGGAUUGAGUUACUAUGUCGUUGUAAUACUCGUAGUUAGUUGGUUUAGUACCUAGUCACUAAAGCAUAAAAUGUCCUAUAAUAAUUGUGAAUGUUGUAUAAAUACUUAAGAAGAAAUAAUAUAUAUUUAAUUUGCACUGUAUACUUUAAUGAGACCAAAAAGAUACUAAAUCUCGUAAUUAAUAAAAUUGUUCAAUUAAAGUGACAUUUAAUUAUUGUGUUUGAUUAUUUAAACAUAUUCACACAUUUUGUUUUUUACCAAGUCGAAUAUAGCUAAUGAUGUGUCAUUGUUCAUAAUUGUUAUUGUUUCGAGAUGCCACAAAAUCAUUUAUAUCGUAUUGAAGUUUGAGAGGACAGAUGAGUGCAUUGACAAAUUAUUUCUUAUUUCUUUAAAGUGCCAUUAAAAAAUUUUAGAUCUUUUGUGUUUAUUCAGAAUUCAUAUGCUUCUACAAGUUAUCGAAGUAACAUUUUUCUCCUGCGUGCUUGUAAUAGUGUAAAUGAUCUGGUUAGUAAUUCUGAUAUUGAUAUGUUUAACUGUAGUGUUGUGUCAUCGAUAAGAUGCUAUUUAACGCGACAGUUCUUUCAAAAUUAAGUUGUAGUUUUGGGGUGUUUAUAUCUUGAUUAUGUGUAUGAUCUACUGUAUUACAUGAUGCUUUAAAUUUGUUUUUAGCUUAGUAUUUCUGUAAUUACCAGCGGGAACCUAUAAUUGGCUUCUUGUAACCCAUUGAUAUAUUAUCUAGUUUUAAGAAUGCAAGAUUUUGGUUCUCCUUGAACAUGUUAAAAUAAAUAAAAUAAAAAUC